AUGUCAUGGAAAUUUCCUCCUCUUCAAAAUGACUUGAUUUUGAGGGCAGCAUGGGGCCACACUGUCGAACGGCCACCCAUCUGGGUCAUGCGGCAGGCUGGUCGCUAUCUCCCGGAGUACCACGAAGCCAAGGGCUCCCGUGACUUCUUCGAGUGCUGCAGGGACCCUGAGGUCGCCUCUACCUUGACGCUGCAACCCAUUGAGCGGUAUGCCGGUCUUCUCGACGCCUCUAUCAUCUUCUCCGACAUUCUUGUGAUCCCCCAGGCCAUGGGCAUGGUCGUUGAGAUGGUCGACAGAAAGGGCCCGCAUUUUCCCAACCCUCUGCGUAGCCCCGACGACAGGCAGUACGCCGAGCUGAUGCAGCGCAAGGUCGACGUCGAAAAGGAGCUCGACUACGUCUACAAGGCCAUCACCCUGACCAGGAAGAAACUCCAGGGCCGCGUACCGCUUUUUGGGUUCUGCGGCGCACCAUGGACCCUGAUCUGCUACAUGGUCGAGGGUGGGGGGACCAAGCUGUUCAAGGAAGUCAAGACCUGGAUUUACAAGUACCCCGAGGAAACCAAAGCGCUUCUGCAAAAGAUCUCGGAGCUGUGCGUCGAGUAUCUCGCCCUACAGGUUAAGGCUGGAGCCCAGCUUAUCCAAGUAUUCGACUCAUGGGCCGGUGAGCUGUCGCCCGCCUCAUUCAAGAAGUUCUCCCAACCAUACCUGGAGUACAUUGCCAAGCAUCUUCCCCCGAGGCUCAAGGAGAUGGGGCUGGAGCCUGUGCCCAUGGUUGUCUUUCCCAAGGGCGCUUGGUAUGCUCUUGACGCUGCGUGCGAUAUGGGCUACAACAUCGUCGGUCUUGACUGGCUCCAUGAUCCGGCCGAGGCCGUCAAGACUGUUGGUGGCCGGCCAAUUGUUCUCCAGGGCAACGCCGAUCCCGGUGUUCUGUACGGCUCGCACGCCGCGAUCACCGAGGCAGUGACGGACAUGGUGAAGGGCUUCGACUGGGCCAACCGCAGGAAGGGCUGGAUCGUGAAUCUUGGCCAUGGAAUUACACCCUUCGUCAACCCGGAUGACUUGAAAUUCUUCUUUGAGGAAAUCCACCGCCUGACCAAGACGGAUGUUCAAUAGCAAGGAGGAACCUGAUAGCAGUGUACGUUACGGACUGAUACCGGAGUCAACUGGCAGAGCAUAGAACUGUUAGAUCUGGCUCAGUUGAACUCCCUUGCAACUCCUCACAUAGAAUCCCCAACGCUGGAAAGAUCAAGCAUUGCCC